AUGACCAUAGUCAAGCGCAACGAUUUGCGACUAACAGACAUUCCACGUGAGUUGACACAGAACCAAAGUAUUUUUUCAAACAUCGGAGAGUUGAUAUUUAUGAACAAUGAGUUUGAGGCGAUUCCCGAUACCGUCACAGUCUUUAAUUUUCUUAAAAAGCUUUCCUUUGCUUGUAACAAAAUUGUUCAAGUCAAUGAGAAACUUUUUACAAUGACUCAACUUGAAACGUUGUGUUUGAACCAAAACAGAAUCAGUACUAUUUCUCAAUCACUUACUUCAAUGAAAGGGCUUUCGAGUCUAGAAAUUUGUGCGAACAAAUUAAGCACUUUAACGCCGCCAACGUGUUUGUCUCGACUCGACUUGUCCGCAAACUUUUUGACUGACUUUUCGUAUAGUUGUCAAUCCCUGACGUAUUUGGAUGUCUCCCAAAACGACUUAUCGAACCUCCCAAAUUUGGAUUGCCCUAAUGUUAAACAGAUCAAUGCUUCAUUUAAUAACAUCGUCCAUCUCCCAGACUCAAUAUCCAAUUUAUCAUCUUUAAGAUAUUUGGACCUCAAAAAUAAUAAGCUGGAGAGUCUCCCCGACACCUUUGCGUUGUUGUCGUCCCUUACAUUCUUACAAAUCUCGAACAACCCGAUCUCCUCAGUCCCAAGUAAUUUCACAACGAUGAGAUUAAAGAAAUUCCACGCGUCACAGACUAUCAAAUUCUCGUUCGACCCAUUACCAACACUCCGAGAACUGUUCUACUCGAAAGUCGAAUCACAAAUCCUCUUUAUGGACUACUCAGCUAUGUCAAAUUUGGAGAACUUGGAUGUGUCGUAUAACCAAUUCACUACACUCACUGUCACAUCUCCAAGUUUGAUCACAUUGAAUUGUUCAUACAACGUGAUCCAAACACUUUCUAUGUCUAAGACGUGUACCGCUCAAAAGAUCUUUGCAAGACAUAACCAAAUAGCGUCGAUCGACUCGUCGAUAGCAAACUCCCAAAAACUGGUCAUCGCCGAUUUUUCAAAUAACAAAUUAAAGAAUUUGCCAUUGAAACCAGACUUGCCAAGAAUUCAAUAUCUGAAUGUGGGGUUCAAUAGAAUGACGAUUCUCGACUACGACUUCUCGAAAAUGAAUACAUUGACGUAUUUCGACGUGUCAUUUAAUAGCAUCCACACAAUCACAAAUAACAUCGGCGAUUUGACUAACUUGAAGGCGCUUGUAUUGGCUGGUAAUCCAAUUAACUCACUACCAAACGACUUGACUAAUUUGGUCAAUUUGACUAAACUGCACUGUUCUAAUAACGGCCUUGCAGUCUUCCCAAACGUCAUUUUAGCUCUUUCGAAUUUGCAGAAGCUUUAUAUAGCAAGUAACCAUAUUAGGGACUUACCAGAUCUAAGUUGCUUGAAGGAAUUACAGACACUCGACCUAUCAAAUUGUUACUUAGUCUCUGCGCAGAACGUCAACAAUUUGCCCAAAUUGGAACAACUCAAUUUGUCGAACAAUUAUUUGACUGAACCGCCCCAAUUGAGUGGAUGCGACAACUUAAUCUAUUUGGACCUUUCAUUUAACGCUCUUGAACGCUCAACGAGCGACAUUGAAGUGAAAAAGUUGAAUAAACUUCGGAUGUUGGAUCUUUCAUUCAACGACAUCACAUCACUCCCGAAUCAUGGGCCCGAACUUACGAUACGGACUGAUGGGUGUGGGACACAGCGAAUGUAUUCUUUGUUAGACAGAUUCUCCAAAUCACUUGAAUUCAAAACCGUCCGAAUCACAUGUGCUGGUGCACAGAUGUGUGCGGAUAGAGACGAGAUGCAAGACUCUUUCAUUUGUAUUCCCCACUUUGCAGCACCAGACCAUUUCUUAUUUGCCGCAGUCGAUGGGCACUCGGGGUUCCAAGCGUCUUAUUCCUUCACCCAAAAUUUCCCAAAGAUCUUAUAUGAGCAAUUUAAAGAGAAUAACCAACAAGACUCCAUCGAAGACUGUCUCCUCAAAUCUUUUGAUAAAAUCGAAGAGGAGUUUGUUGACAACGAUAUCAAAGACGGUGCCGUCGUCACUGUAGUGUUUGUGACACCAAAGAAGAUAUACACAGCUCAAUGUGGUGAUUGUAGAGGGGUUUACAUAACUAAGUCCGGGAUUCAUCAAUUGGCUCCGGAGCACAAGACUUCAGACAGACAUGAACAAGUACGUAUUAGAAGUGAAGGUGGCUUUGUUGAUCAAAGUUCUCGAGUAUGUGGCUUAUUAGUCGCUCGAUCCGUUGGAGAUAUCAAGAACAAGCCCAUCAUCACUCAUAAGCCUGACAUAACAGUAUGUGACAGACGAGAUGACGAGCAGUAUUUAGUAGUGGCUACUGAUGGCGUCUGGGAUGAAGUUUCAAAUUCCUUAUUAUUGGACAUUUUACAGAGAAACAGAAGAAUUCAAAAAACAAGUGAAUUGGUGUCGCUUUUAAGAGAUACUGCGUAUGUGUCGUGUGUGCAGACACAGAUCCCUGAUAAUAUCGGAAUUGUACUUUGCAGAUUCUAA